AUGGUUCACGGUGUACUCGAGAUCAUCGCCCUGUGCCUGGGCUUGAUGGGCCUGAUUGGGGCCUGCGCCAGCACUGGAAUGCCCAUGUGGAAGGUGACGGCCUUCAUUGGUGAGAACAUUAUUGUCAUGGAGACGCGCUGGGAAGGACUGUGGAUGAAUUGCUACAGACAGGCUAAUAUACGGAUGCAGUGCAAGGUGUACGACUCUUUGCUGUACUUGCCGCCAGAUCUGCAGGCUGCCAGGGGUCUCAUGUGCUCUGCAGUGGCUCUAGCUGUUGUGGGCCUGCUGGUGGCGCUGGCAGGAAUGCCCUGGGUGUCUUGGUGGCAGGAGAACAAACGGGCAAAGAACAUCCUCCUGGUUGUAGCUGGUACAACGUUGUGCCUCUCUUCACUUUGUGUCCUCAUCCCUGUCUCCUGGACGGGUCACAACAUCAUCCGUGACUUCUACAACCCAUUGCUGCUCAACGCACAGCGCCGUGAGCUGGGCGAAGCGCUCUACAUUGGCUGGGUAACUGCAGGUUUUCUGAUGGUCUCCGGGCUCAUGUUUGUUUGCCGGCGUGUGAAUGAAGACUCGGACUCGUAUGCCAUGGUCUACCCACGACCUGUCAGGUUAAUAGGGUAUGAUCAGAACACACGUGGUCCAGCUUUCAUUGGGUACCAGCCCAUCUCUAGCAGGACCAGCAACCCUAUCGAUCGGCCGUUGCCAGAACUGCCCACCUGUGCCAGGAACCAGCAAAAUCCACGAAAUGUCAGCAUUGUUCUGCAGCCCUCCACUCCACGCAUGGCAAGUUUUAUGCAGGCCCAGCCUUUCCAGUACAACGGGAACCUCGUUCACAGACAGCCGGAAGCACACGACUCUAACAUUUCAACCUGGCGGCCUACCUCGGAAAUCUCCAGUUUCCACAGUUCCACCCCAAAACACCCUGCCUCAUUCGUCUCUGACUAUACCGAACCCUUUUUAGUUCCCUAUGGCCGCCAUUUCCAGCCUCCAGCAAGAAAUCCUUUCACUGUAAGCUACACUUCUUUUGUCAAACCACAUUCCUCCAUCAAUAGUGCUGUCAGCAGUGCUGAAGAAUAUAUAUAA